AUGGAUCCCACGGUCCAGCUCCCCUCGAACCCCAGCGAGAAUGGGGCGACUGAUAUUCUUGCUGCGACUCUUUUGGUGAUCACGAUAUCGACAAUUGUUGUUUUGGCGCGUGUUUAUGUGCGAGUGUUUAGUAUUCGCAGUGUGGGGUGGGAUGAUGCCCUUAUGAUCUUGACUCUAGCCAUGGACUGGGCAGGCCAAGGUGUAAUCAUUGCACAAGUAGCUCAUGGCGCUGGAAGACACAUUGGAGACGUUGAUCCUGCUAUCUACAUGAUAGGGAUGAAGUUGAAUUUCAUAAGUCAGCCAAUCUUCCUCAUUGCCAUCUGCGUUGUCAAACUCUCUGUUGGCUGCGCUUUAUUACGAAUCUCCUCGACAAAGUUCUACCGAACGUUGAUUCUCUCCGUUAUGUGCUUCAUGUCAAUCUACACUAUAGGAUGCUUCUUCACAGUGAUAUUUCAAUGCAAAGACAUCAGAAUCCUCUGGGAUCCCAGUGUAAAAGGAACUUGUUGGUCACAGCACACACUACAGAGUCUGUCAUACACGAACUCUGCUUUCAAUAUUUUGACCGAUCUUCUCUUUGCAAUCAUCAUCCCAACUCCUAUGCUAUGGAAGCUCAACGUUCAUUUCCGAACAAGAAUAACACUGCUUGCUAUUUUGAGUCUCGGUGUCUUUGCCUGCGCGGCCGCUUUCGUCAAGUUGGGUUAUGUCACCAACUACGGUAAACUCGGCGACUGGCUUUGGGACUCCCGCAACAUCACCAUCUGGACCAGCGUUGAGCUUAACGUCGGCAUUAUCGCUGGCAGUCUUCCCUGCCUUAGACCUCUCUUCCGUCGCUUCCUCGGCAGCACAUAUGGCAAGAACUCCAAAAAGACGCCGAACACAGGUCCAUCCAACUACGGCCGUGGUACCGGAUAUGGCCGAGGUACAUUGCGAAGUGGGAAAAGCUGGCACGCCUUGGGAAGUGGCCGCAGGGGCGAUGAAGAGACCAGUAGUCAGACGGGUAUCAACACUGCUCCCCAAGAGUAUGAGCUUCGAGAUAAGAUGUCGAGUCCGUCGGGCGGUACAAAUAUGGCAACGGUCAUAUCAGAUAUUGAGGGGAGAUCGAGUGAUGAGAGUGACCCUAGACACAGGACGGGCAUCACGAAAACGAUGAUCACGACAGUUGAAGUUUCCAAGGCUGACCAAACACAGUCGCGAUGA